AUGAAGUUCCUUGCUGGUCUCGCCCUUGUGUUGCCGCUGGCAUCCGCCGCGGCUGUGACUCCUCUGGAGAAGAAGAUCACCUACGACGGUUUCAAGGCCUUCCGGAUUGCCACGCACAACGAUCCUGCCUCGAUCAAGAAGAAGAUCGCCAACAUUGCCGCAAUCCCUUUCAACCUUGACAACAGCGAGCACCUGGACGUCGCCAUCCCUGCUGGCGAUGUUUCCAAGUUCGAGAAACUUGGUCUUGAGACGUCGAUCCUGCAUGAGGACCUCGGUGCAGACAUUGCCGAGGAGGGUACCUUUGCUCCCUAUGAGAGUGAUCUGACAUGGUUCAAUUCGUACCACACCUUUGCCGACCACCAGCAAUUCAUUCGUGACCUGCAGUCCAACUUUCCUUCCAACUCGGAGCUUAUCAACGCCGGUAACUCCUACGGUGGGCGUUCUCUCCUUGGUAUCCAUCUCUGGGGUAGCGGCGGAAAAGGCUCCAAGCCCGCCAUUUACUGGCAUGUCAACAUGCGACAAUUCGUCGUUGAAUACCUUACCUAUCAGCUCAUCGAUGGGUACCAGAAGAAUGACGCUACUGUCAAGGCUCUCCUUGACAAGUACGACUUCUAUAUUCUACCUAUUGUCAACCCCGAUGGCUUCGCCUACACUCAGACCAAUGACCGACUCUGGCGCAAGAACCGCCAGCCUCGAUCUGGCAGCACUUGCAUUGGUACUGAUAUUAACAGAAACUGGCCCUUCAACUGGCAACUCCCUGGCGGUGCCUCCACCAACUAUUGCUCUGAGACCUACAAGGGCCAGGCCGCCGGUGAUACCCCUGAGAUGGUCGCCCUGAAGGCUUACACCGACCGCCUUGCUGCCGGUCGCGGAAUCAAGCUCUUCAUCGACUGGCACAGUUACGGACAGUACAUCCUGCUGCCCUACGGUUACGACUGCUCCGCCCGAGCCUCUAAUCACGCCCGACAAAUGACGCUGGCCACCAACACUGCCAACACCAUUGCUCAAUCAUAUGGCACUCGGUUCACCUACGGACCUAGCUGCUCCACCCUCUACGCCACCACCGGAAGCGCUCCUGACUACCUCACUGGUGCUGCUGGCGCCGAGGUCGCCUGGACCAUUGAGCUGAGGCCCUCUGGCUCUGCUGGCGGUGGCUUCGUCUUACCCGCUGCCCAGAUUUUGCCCAGUGCUAUCGAGCAGUGGAACGGAAUUAAAUACCUGCUGGCCAACGUCUAG